GAAGUUUACCUCCUACUUGCCCAAAACCAGGAAAUGGUCAUGAUAUAUUGAUAGGCGACACUCUCAGUUGAUAUUAGUGUUUGAAAUAUACUUAUUUUUCUUUUACUGUCGUGGUCGACAGAGGCUGUUGCAGCCAUGGCUUCGUUAUUCAAGAAAAAGACUGUAGAUGAUGUUAUUAAAGAACAGAACAAAGAGCUGCGGGGAACGCAGAGACAGAUUACAAAAGACCGGACAGCACUGGAAAAACAGGAAAAACAACUGGAGAUGGAGAUAAAGAAAAUGGCUAAGACGGGGAAUAGAGAUGCUUGUAAGGUUUUAGCCAAGCAGCUUGUGCAAGUGAGGAAACAGAAAACACGUACAUAUGCUGUCAGCUCUAAGGUUACCUCCAUGUCCACACAAACCAAGCUAAUGAACUCCCAGAUGAAGAUGGCUGGAGCCAUGGCCACAACUACCAAAACAAUGCAAGCUGUCAAUAAAAAGAUGGAUCCAAAAAAGACCAUGCAGACCCUGCAGAACUUCCAGAAGGAGACAGCAAAGAUGGACAUGACAGAAGAGAUGAUGAACGACACUCUGGAUGAGAUCUUUGAGGAUUCUGGUGAUGAGGAAGAAUCUCAGGACAUUGUGAACCAGGUGUUGGAUGAAAUUGGAAUCGAGAUCUCAGGAAAGAUGGCUCAUGCCCCUUCAACUGGCCGAAAGACCCCAACCGCCUCCAAAUCCAAAGCAGAUGGGAUCUCAGAUGAGGAGAUUGAGAGACAGCUCAAAGCCCUUGGAGUGGACUAGUGCUCAUGCACGCAUACACACAAACACCUGAUUAUUGCCUGGCAACAACAAUACACGGCACUCAGAUUCACAGACACAUUACAAUAUGUUCAUACUGAAUACAAAUGGAAACACACACAUCCACACUGACAACAGAUGCAGAUAAAUGGACAGUGAAAAAAAUCUUACAUUCAUAGUCACGGACCGGCCUACUCUGGGAUAAAUUGCCACAGAUGGCAAAUGCAAUUUUUACUAUUUAUUUGUGACAAUAGGAGAUGUCUAUCAAGGUUGAUUAUGACUCUAAUUUGUGCCACUGUUUCAUCAGGCUUUAGAAGGUAAUUUUAGAAAGGCAAACAUAAUACAAACUUUUCUUUUUUUUGAAAACUUGUGUUGUAAAUGAAUACAAGCAAUGCCUUUAACUGUGGAGAACAAAGUGGACGUGUUCCUCUGAAAUCUAGACAGGCAACACGCUCCAACUUCAGUCUCCAAAUUCAUAGUACAAAAAUCAAUCUUCUCAUAUUGUUGUAAACAAGUUUGACAAGAGAACUCUUCCUCUGUAAAGACAAGGAGUGAUAAAGGGCUGUCUCUUUAGUCCUGGUACUUUUUCGUCAUGUCCUCCUCCUACCCUGCUGUUCUCCCCCAAAUGCAUGAAAACAAGACUUUGUGUGAGUCACAACAUUUGUUUCUUGUUUUCACCUUUUCUCCAUUUAUCAAUUGGAAAUGAUUGAAUUUGUCUUCUGGGUUCAUAUCUUGUUUAGAUAUUUGGAGUGCACAUAUUUUAUUCAGCUGUUUUUCAGGGGGAUGCCUUGUGUUGUCUAAAAAUGGUUGCUCUCCUUGUUGCUGUUGUGCCUGAGGUUCCAUGGUUAUGUUAUGAGGUUGUAUAGAUGCAUUGAUCAAGUCAGUUUCUUUUCAUUCUGUCUUCAGAGAUGCUCGGAGAGUUCCUGUUUCCUGUCAAUUUAACAAGUCAAGGUGUGACCAAAGAAAUCAAAAUUAGGGUGGUAUUUUGAGUGGCAAUUGAAAGGGGUAUACUGAUCUGACUCCUGAGCUUUGGAAUUGUGCACAGUUGUUAAAUACACCUUGUGUAUUUAAGCAGGACUUGUAUAUCAUUGGGAUGUAUAUAAUACAAGCAUAAGAGGUUGAUAGGAUUAAGCAAAAAAUGUUUUAAAAACAAUUAGUCAUAUAUUAAUCACAGUUUUGGGGUAUGAAAGAUGAUUUUCCUUUCUCAUAAUUUAUUCAUGAAGUAUUGUUCAGACAUAAGGGGACUACAUAUCCAAUUUAACCAUAAAUCUAAAUUGUAUUGA